CCAGUCACGUGACUGGAAGAAAGACGAAGGUAAUGCGAAGCGUCUUUCCAAAUGCCUGAUCGGCUUCAAUUGUUUGGAGGCAAAAAAAAAUUCGAUUCGCUCUCGUCAGUAAUCAUAUUCCUUUAAUUCAGUUUGAAGUAUAAAAUAAUUGUCCUCAGUUUUAUUCGCCGAGUCUUUAUCCUAGAUAAAACUAUUUUUUUUCAAACACAAGCUCCCCACGGCUUCAACGCCUUUUCUUUUACAUGUUCCCAAGCGCCGUGCGUCUGCGCUUUUAUAAGGAGAAUUUCUCCCCCCCCUUCCCCGCUCAGCCAAUAGGAGGGCAACUCGUUGAGGUCCUUCUCGCGGAUGGGUUGGGCCCCUCUUGAGGUAUGCCGGGACUUGUAGUUUUCCCUGAAUGGGAAAACGAACUGCGCAUUCAAUGCAGUUCGUGCACUGCUGGACUACAACGCCCAGAGGGCUACGCUGCGCCCUUCUGAAGGACGCACUGCGCACAUUCGUUUUGCCCUAGGCCAGCCGGCGAGCCUGAAGACAUUGGGACCGCCUGUAUUCACCUGAUUGGCCGGGGCUCUCGAUCCCGUUGCUGCCGCUAAAUCCAUUGGUUGCUGACCCCACCAAUCAGCCACCGCGACGCUUUUCUCGGUGGUGUUUGGUUUGUUGGGAGCUGGGGCUGUAUUUUGUGUCAUGGCGCCUGGUCGGGCAGUUCUGUGUUGCUCCCGGCUGCUGACAGGUGGCUUGCGGACUAGUAAAUACGUUUCAUCUGCUUUGGGGACGUUCAAAGCCAUCGAGGAGCGGAAACAAUGGUAUUCAGUCAGCAGCCUGACCGUACAAGAGCGAAUCAAGAAGAGAUCUCAAAGGGCGAUGUUGGGGGGAGGUCAGCACAGAAUAGAUGCCCAGCACAAGAGGGGAAAGCUCACUGCCAGGGAACGUGUCCAGCUGCUUCUGGAUCCUGAGUCCUUUAUAGAAUAUGACAAGUUUGUGGAACAUAGGUGUUCGGAUUUUGGCAUGGGCACAGAAGAUGAUAAGUUUCCUGGUGACAGUGUGGUGACUGGUCAGGGCCGAAUUAAUGGGCGACUCGUUUAUGUCUUCAGCCAGGACUUUACAGUGUUUGGAGGAAGUUUGUCAGGAGCUCAUGCACAGAAGAUCUGUAAGAUUAUGGAUCAAGCUUUGUUGGUAGGAGCUCCUGUUAUAGGACUGAAUGACUCUGGAGGAGCACGUAUUCAGGAAGGUGUGGAGUCCUUGGCUGGUUAUGCUGACAUUUUCCUGAGAAAUGUACUGUCCUCUGGUGUCAUUCCUCAAAUAUCCCUUAUUAUGGGUCCUUGUGCUGGUGGCGCUGUCUACUCACCUGCAUUGACAGAUUUCACAUUUAUGGUGAAGGAUACAUCUUACUUGUUCAUAACUGGUCCUGAUGUAGUGAAAUCUGUCACAAAUGAAGAUGUGACUCAGGAAGAUCUGGGUGGUGCUAAAACACACACUGCAAUUUCAGGUGUUGCACACAAGGCCUUUGAAAAUGACAUUGAUGCCUUACUGAACUUGAGAGAAUUUUUUAAUUUUAUACCUCUGAAUAAUAAAGAUCCUGCUCCUAUCAGAGAAUGCCAGGAUCCAUGUGACCGGCUGGUACCAAGUCUGGAUACAGUAGUUCCACUGGAAUCCACGAAAGCAUAUGACAUGCUGGAAAUCGUCAGUGCGAUUGCAGAUGAAAGGGAAUUUUUCGAGCUCAUGCCUAAUUAUGCGAAGAACAUUAUUAUUGGUUUUGCCAGGAUGAAUGGAUGCACAGUGGGAAUUGUAGGUAAUCAACCUAACGUGGCUUCAGGUUGUCUAGACAUCAAUGCUUCAGUAAAAGGAGCCCGUUUUGUCAGAUUCUGUGAUGCAUUUAAUAUCCCCAUCAUUACAUUUGUGGAUGUGCCUGGAUUUUUGCCAGGAACUAGCCAGGAAUAUGGUGGAAUCAUCAGACAUGGUGCAAAGUUGCUCUAUGCGUUUGCUGAGGCCACAGUGCCAAAAAUUACAGUGAUCACACGAAAGGCCUAUGGUGGUGCAUAUGAUGUGAUGAGCUCCAAGCACUUAAGAGGUGAUUUGAACUACGCUUGGCCAACAGCAGAAGUUGCAGUUAUGGGUGCUAAGGGUGCUGUGCAGAUCAUCUUUAAAGGAAAAGGGAAUGAAGUUGAGGCAGAAGCAGAAUAUGUAGAGACAUUUGCAAAUCCAUUCCCAGCAGCUGUGAGAGGUUUUGUUGAUGACAUAAUCGAACCGGCAACCACUCGAUUGCGUAUUUGUCGAGACUUGGAGAUGCUGGCAAAUAAGAAACAGACUAACCCUUGGAAAAAGCAUGGCAAUAUUCCCCUGUGAAAAAAAACUUUUAAAGAUGGACAGCAGAUGAACAGAAUGUUACCCCCCCCAAAACCAUUGAUUCACUGUUAACAAAUGAUGCUGUCUGAAAUCCUUCAAUGUUCAGCAAAAAAUAUGAAAAAGUAUUUUAGGAAUAAAUUUGAAAUCACCAACAAAAUGCUGGAUUGGUGAAGUCUGUUGAGUGGGUUCAGUUAGAAUCUUUGAUAGCAACAAAUUUGUCCAAAGCAGCACACCAUAAUAACCUGAGAGAACCUUGCAAGCCCAUGAUAUCAACUGUCUAAAUCUGCAGUUACUGGGAAUUUGUCUUUUCUUCAAUAAACCCAUUAAACAGUUCAAAAGGGCAUUGAUCAUCGCUUCAAAUCAUAAGGCAUAAGUAAUAACAUACAAUUGAACAUGUUUAAAGUUAACCUUGUCAGUACAACAGGAAAAUACAUUCUUCACUGGGCCAAACAGAUUUAGUUCAAUAUGAUACUGCUAAACAAAAAUGAAGUAUUAAAUCAACACAGAUAGCGGCCACAACAAUUAAAUGUGUUCUGGUAAAAUUUAAUUCUGUUCAUCCAAUUCUUCUCUAACAUCUAAUGCUACAUUUUCAGGUUUCAUUUAUAUUUUCUAUACCAAAGGGUAUCUUUCUUUAUCUGUGGUAGCAUAUUAAUCCUCCCCCAAGAGAUCUGUGGGUUGUGGUUUCAAGGCCCACUUCAAAAACUCGAACACAAUCCAGGAAAGUACUGCACUCCCAGGUACUGUACUUGCGUCUCCAGCAUCACCUUAUUUUUAAUUUUUUGUAAUUAUCUUUCUGCCUCAAUUAGUCAGACUAUAGGUCAUCCCUUCACUUGUUAUUCAGCUGUUGGACACUUUACUCACACCGUCUGACACACUUGAUCACCUGCAGAGGUCUAUUAUUCAACCUGUCAACACUCCACUCACACCAUUUGUGUGAUCGUUUGAUUUCUUUCAUUAUGAAGUCCGUGUCCGUGUCUGUGUGCUGACUUCACUUUACCUGACAAAGGGGCAGUGGUCUGAAGGCUCGUGAUUUCAAAUAAACCUGUUGGACUAUAA